AUGGCUUCGCCCCUGGCGCCUCGACAGGACCGUGCAGGCCGGCAGAAUAAGGACCGCUGGGAGGCGCGGGGGGACCGCAAGGUGCUGGAGCUGACGGUGGGGCGCGUGCAGGGAGUGCUGCGGGGCAGGGCUCGCGGGCGCGAGCAGCUGCAGGCAGAAGCCAGCGAGCGCUUCGCAGCCGGCUACAUCCAGUGCAUGCAUGAGGUGCACACGUUCGUAUCCACGUGCCAGGCCAUCGACGCCACUGUCGCCGCCCAGCUCCUGAACCACCUGCUUGAGUCGAUGCCACUGCGAGAGGGCAGCAGCUUCCGGGAUUUGCUAGGGGACGCUCUGGCCGGGCCCCCGGGAGACCUUAGGAGAAGCAGUUGGCUCACAGGAGGGGCCCUGGUGUCCCCGAUACCCAGCCCCCCUGUCCCCAGCCCCCCAGUUCCCGGGGAUGACCUGUGCUCCGACCUGGAGGAGGCCCCCGAGGCUGAACUGAGCGGAGCAUCUGCAGAGGGCCUGCACUUGGUGCCUGUGGCCUUGGGCAGCCUGACCUCUGCGGGCAUAGUCCAGAGCAUCUGGAGGCCUUGGUGACCAACACCAGCCUGCCAGUCCUGAGCCUGCAAAGGUGGGCCCAGCCUUCCCACCUCUAGUUCCUCCUCCCUGGAGUCCAGAUGUGGUGGGGCAGGGUCCUGAUGUCUCCCACAUCUGUCCUUUUCUAGUGGAUGGCUUGUAGGGAAGUCCUGGAUAACCCUUUCCUUAAGAGAGUAACUUUUAUGGACCCCACCCCCAGUUCAAGGAGGGAGCUGCAGAGCUACCAGGGCCCCCUGGCUUUUGCCUGUCCAGGCUUCUUAGUCACUGUGUGGACCUGGGGGCAGGAGUGACCGGAGUGGUGCUGAGCCUCUCCUCAGUGCAGGGCACUAGUGUUAGGGCAGAAGGAGACCUCAGGCCCUGGCAGCCCUGUGCUGAGCAGAAACUUGAACUUGCCACUUCAACCAAGGCACAGGGGAGGCAGGUGCAGAAUUGCCCUUAGCUGUCAGAGAGAAGCAAGGCUUUCUAUAUGUCUUGCAUUUAGCAGACUUGAGUUUGUAAAUUAGGUUGGUAUUGAACAUUCCAAUUCUACUAAAUAAACGAUUUUGGAGACUUAUUACCUUUCUGAAGUAUUACUGAAUGAUGUGGUGUCAUUAAUGUGUCAAAUAUAUAAAUAGCAAACUAAGUAAGUUUUUCCUGUAUCAGCAAAGUAAGCAGUGUAAUGGCAGUGCAGGUGGGAUGCUCUGUCUCACAGUAGACAGUGCUUCCUCCUCCCUAUUGUGUGGCAGCACCAGGUGGGUUUCCCCUGCAGGUCCUUAGGCCUGACCUGCUCUCCCUGGGGUUGUGUGCAGCCUGGGGAUGGAUAUAAUUGGCAUGGGGUUUGUCUCCAAAGUAACCAAGCAAUAGGGAAACAGCCUAUCCCCUGGACCAUUCUCUGGUUCACGAACUCCCAGGAAUAAACUAGUGCCUAAUUUCUAGCCACAUGGUUUGGAAGUUUCUUUAAAAAGUCUGUGUUGGAAUCCAUGCGUGUGGUGUCAGUCUGCUUGUCACUUUUCUUGACUGAGAGCGAGCUUCCACUACUGCUGGCGACUUCAGUGACCCAGAUCACAACUUGAAGUGAAAGCACCAUGGCUGCAGGCAGCUUGGACUGGAGGUCAAACUGGGUUCAGGAGGUCAGAACCUUGGAAGGAGAGUGAAAGGAUGGGCAGCUGGGGUGUAGGGAGACUUCCCUCCUGGGCUGGGUCAGGACCUGCAGUUAGCAUGUGGUCAGUUAACAGCAGUCACUGCUAUAGGUAAUCCAGCCCCUCUUUUGCCUCAGUCCGCCCCUCUAGUUGUGUACCUGUGUUUUGAGAACAACUUUCCCAACAGCCCUCUUACAAAGGCCCCCAGCUGGCCCUGACCCCCAGAGGCAUUUCACACUGGCUUCCUUAUGAUUCAGUCUUAGGCCUCAGUCAUCAGGUCCUAAUCAGAUGCAGCUUAAUUUUAGUGACUGGGGAUAAGUUGUCGAAGGGGUGGGUAAGGGAGGCAGGUCCAUAAGACAGGACUUGAGAAGAUAGAAAUAUUAUUCUUGGGAUUAUUUUAAUUGCCCCCCCACAGAUAGAUGUAGGAUGUGUCCGCAGGGACACAUGAAGAGCAGGUCCACCUGUGAGACCUCUGUCCCCUGUGGCUCCCAGCAGCACCCAGAGGCCACUGUGGUGAACUUUGGCUGCCAUAAAUGGCUACAAACUUGGUGGAUUAAAGCACCACACAUGUAUUACCUUGCAGUUCUAUUGGUUAGAAGUCUGAGACAGAAUUCACUAAACUAAAAUCAAGGCAGGGCUGCACUCCUUUCUGGAAGAUUGAGGGUGAAUCUAUUUUCUUUUCCCUGCUUCAGAGGCUACCUGCAUUCCUUGGCUGCAUUCCUUCCUCCAUCUUCAAAGCCAGCAACCUUGCAUCUAUCUGACCCUUCUUCCAUAGUCACAACUCCUUCUGGCCUUCCUCUUCCGUUUUUACGGUCCCUUGUGACCCUUGUGAUUAAAUUGAGCUCAGCUCGGUAAUCCAGGAUGCUCUCCCUAUCUCAAGGGUCUUAAUCCUUCAUCAGUUUUGCAAGGCCUCUUGCCAUGGAAGGUAACAUUCACGGGUUCUGGGAAUGAGGAUGUGCAUAACUUUGGGGAAUCCGUUAUCCUGUGUACCACAUCCACCUUCGUGUCUGCCCAAGCAUUCUGCCUUCCACCACGAUGUACUGUGGUGCUGGUUCCCCCCGCCCCCCCCCCUUUGAUCUCUCAGCGACUCUGCUCUCUUCACUGCGUCAUAAAUCUCGCCUUGCACUAGAUCAUUCUUACCAUCCUACAAACAAGCUGUAAUACCUCCAUCUGGAAAAAGGGGAGACAAAACUUCCCUGGUACUCUGUUAGCUUCUGCCUUGUUUCUCAGUUCUAAAACAAAAUUCCUUAAAA